AUGGGCGGUGAAGAUAAUGCGGACACAUCGCCAGUGUAUCAAUCGCGUCUGCGAGCCAAGAAAGAAGAGAGGAUGCAGCAGAGGCAGAUUGAGCGAGAGCUCUCAUUCCGGGGCGCUUCAUCUCGAGGCAAUGCGCAACGGCUGACCGUUGUGGAUUCCAGUGAAGAUGUGGCGAAGCGUCGAGAGCGAGCAGAAGCAAGGAAGCGAGUCAUCGACUACCACGGAAGCAUCUGGGAUGCUGUGGACAAUAACGAGCUGGAAAUGGUGCGGAACUACUUCAUGGUCGAAGGUGCUCACACCUUGCUGCGUCGGCGACACCCGGAUGCAGAGCAGGGUGGUCGCACCUUGUUGCAUUGUGCGGCGUGGCACGGAUACAAGGCGAUCGUGGAGCUCAUUUUGGCCACCAAGUGCGACGUCGACGUCGUGGAUAGUGUAUGU